CCUCAAUUACUACAAGAUGCCCAGGCCCUGAAGCAGCAAAGCAUCCCCACACCAUCACACUUCCACCACCAUGCUUGACCAUAGGAAAUCACUCAAAACUGCGAAGACAACAUGGCCAGUGAAGCUCUAUUCACUCUGAAGAUCUGUAUGCUGAUAAUUUGCCUGGCUUUAACAGGACAUUGUGCAGAGAACUUCAGAGAUAUCCGGCAGUUCCUAAGGUACUAUGAGAGCCUCUCUUAUGACAGAACCAUGUUACUGCAGCAGCAUCAGCGAGUAAGGCGUCAUCUCGAUCCAGAAACCCAGGUGCUUUGUCUGGACUUUGAAGCUUUUCAGAAGGUUUUCCAUUUACGACUCAAGCCAGACUUUGAGGGAUUUGCAGAAGAUUUCAAGGUCCUAUCCAGCAACCAGUCAUGGAGAGGCGACCUCUCUCACAUAUAUUCAGGAGUGCUGGAAGAUGAGGUCGGAUCUUCAUGCCAGGGGUCAGUCCUCAAUGGCCAGUUUGAAGGCUCCAUCAAAACCUCCAAUGGGACAUUCUACAUCGAAUCUAUGCAGAGAUACACAUCUGAGUCAACAGAUAAUCACUCUGUAAUCUACCACGAGGAUGAUAUUGAUGACUUUCCCGUGGAAGGCAGCCGUGCUGGAUUCUGUGGGACGGGCCGGCUGCAGAGUCUCAUACAAAGCCUCAGGCAGGAUGAACCAGUGUCCAGGUCAAAACGUACAGUAGACCAGUCCAAGACAAGCUGUCUCCUCCAUCUGCACGUGGACUAUUUGUUUUAUCAGAGGUUUGGCAGCAUCGAGGCCGUCGUUGCCCAGGUCGCCUCAUACAUGAAAGCAGUAAACAAUAUAUUUCACAAGGCUGAGUUUGACGGGAUUGAAGUAAUUGACUUCAAGGUGAAAUCGAUGAGUUUUGUUUCAGAAAAAAACCCAGCUGACCCAAUGCAAGAGACUUUCAUCGGCCCUGAGAAGCUACUGAGUCUUUAUUCAGAGAUGAACUGGGGAAACUACUGCCUAUCCUACCUGCUGACCAGCCGUGACUUCAGCGGCGUCCUCGGCCUGGCCUGGGAGGGGAAACCUGAUAACUGGGGUGGGAUCUGUUCCAAACCCAUACACACUAUGGAUGGUCAGACAUCCAGCCUGAACACUGGUAUGAUCACCCUCAAGAACUUUGGACGUUAUCUUCUGCCAAAGUUCGUCCAACUGACCUUCGCUCAUGAGCUUGGCCACAGCGUGGGAGCUCCUCAUGAUGAAGGUGCAGACUGUGGUGAUCUGGGAAUCACUGAAGGCAAAGGACACUUCCUGAUGUUCCCACAUGCUGCAGAUGAGGUGAAGGAGAACAGCGAACGUUUCUCACCGUGCAGCCUCCAGCACAUGAGCCGAUUGCUGAAGAUCAAUAAGGACAAAUGCUUUGUGGUCAGCGAUCAACCAAUCUGUGGAAACCGGAUCGUGGAGAAAGGAGAGGAAUGUGAUGUAGGACUCAAUGCAAGUGAUCCGUGUUGCUACAGUUCAAGAGAGCCAAUAGGAGUUCAAUGUCGGCUAAAACCGAACAAACAAUGCAGUCCUAGUCAGGGUCUGUGCUGCAGCUCUGGUUGUGUCUUUAAAACCUCUGGACUGCUGUGUGAGGAAGACUCUGAGUGUCGGAUGAAAAGCGUAUGCACAGGAACUUCUGCCACAUGUCCUCAACCUGCUGCCAAGCCAAACAUGACAGUGUGCAGUCUGGGCACACGGGUUUGUCUUAAUGGGGAAUGUUCAGGCUCCCUGUGUGUGCUACACGGCCUGGAGCAGUGUGACUGCCCGGGGGAGAACAAGAAAGAAAGAUGUCACUUGUGCUGCCAACAGACAGGAAACCCCAACACAUGUGCAAGCACCACUUCCUCAGUGCUCUCAAUGUACUUUAAGGGACAGCGGGUGACGUUGGUGCCUGGAUCUCCAUGCUACAAAAACCAGGGCUACUGCGAUCAUUUCCAGACAUGUCGUGUGUUGGAUGCAGAUGGCCCCAUCGCCAGACUGAAAAACUCCUUCCUGAACCUGCGCGAGUUCGAUGACGUAGCAGACUGGAUGAAGGCCCACUGGUGGGCGAUCCUGCUGGCCAUCCUGGGAGUCUCGGCAGUAAUGGCUGGCACUGUCUGUCUGUUUGGACACACACUUGAGAGUGUCAACAGAGAAAAGAGAACACAUUAACUGAGCUGGAAAUAUGUCUGUUGGACAAUACAAACCCUAAUACCUGAACAUGUACUGUAUAUAUGUUAUAUAUUUGACAGUUUAUCUGAGUUUUUGUGCACUGUGCUCACGCUCAUUAUAGGCACUGAUUUUUAAUCUUCGUAACUCUGACUAUGCAUUGACUAAAUUUAGCCUAUGCAUGCAGCUCACAUUUUAUUUCUGUGUUUCUACUUCCCUCCACUUUGUGUGUGUGUGUGUGUGUGUGUGUGUGUGUGUGCGUGUGUGCGUGUGCGCGUGUGUGCGCGUGUGUGUGCGUGUGUGUGCGUGUGUGUGUGUGUGUGUGUGUGUGUGUUAAAAGCAGGCUAACAAUUUUUUGAAUAAUUCAAGUUACUUACUCUUAUGACUUGCAUGGCAUUGACACUGGACAUUCCUUCCACAAACAUUAAAUAAACAUAUCCUCUCAGAAAACUUCA